CAACCAUGACAACCCUGGAAGAAAAUUUCCCCCGAGGGGGUACAAGAAAGGCUCACAAAUCAGAGAAAGCUUUCCAGCAGUCAGUUGAACAAGAUAACUUAUUUGAUAUUUCUACUGAAGAAGAAUCCAUCAAACGGAAAAAGAGCCAAAAAGGGCCAGCAAAAACAAAAAAGUUGAAAAUUGAAAAGAAAGAAGACAUCAAGCCUGUAAAAGAGAAAUUUGAAAUACUUAGAGUUGAGUCUCUGUGUGAGGGGAUGCGGCUUUUGGGUUGUGUGAAAGAGGUAAAUGACCUGGAACUGGUGAUUAGUCUCCCCAAUGGCCUCCAGGGCUUUGUGCAAGCGACUGAAAUCUGUGAUGCCUACACUAAAAUGCUGAACGAGCAAGUGGCUCAAGAAGAACCUCUAAAGGACCUGGUCCGUUUGCCUGAGCUUUUCUCACCUGGUAUGCUCGUGAGAUGUGUUAUAAGCAGUGUGGGUGUCACAGAGAAGGGCAAAAAGAGUGUCAAGCUGUCUCUGAACCCCAGGAAUGUCAACAGAGUGCUGAGUGCUGAGGCCCUGAAGCCUGGCAUGCACCUCACAGGCACUGUGUCUAGCCUGGAAGACCAUGGCUACCUAGUGGAUAUUGGUGUUAGUGGGAACAGAGCUUUCCUGCCACUGCAGAAGGCCCAGGAGGACAGCCGACAGAAGAACAAAGGUGCUAAACUGAAGGUGGGUCAGUACCUGAACUGCAUCAUUGAAGAGGUGAAAGGCAGUGGAGGAGUUGUUCAUCUGUCUGUUGGUCAUUCAGAGGUUUCUACUGCCAUUGCUACUGAGGAGCAAAACUGGACCCUUCAUAACUUGCUACCAGGGCUGGUGGUCAAAAGCCAAGUGCAGAAGGUGACUCCCCUUGGUCUUACGGUAAACUUCCUCUCAUUCUUCACGGGUCUAGUUGACUUCAUGCACCUGGAGCCCAAGAAGACUGGAACAUAUUUCUCAAACCAAGCGGUAAAGGCCUGCAUCCUCUGCAUCCAUCCUCAGACCAGAGUUGUGCGACUAAGCCUGCGCCCUGUCUUCCUGCAGCCUGGGCGCUCACUCACCCGGCUCUCCUGCCAGCACCUUGGAGCUGUGCUGGAUGACGUUCCUGUCCAUGGCUUUUUCAGCAAGGCUGGGGCCACUUUCAAACUGAAGGAUGGGGCUCUUGCCUUUGCCCGGUUCAGCCAUCUCUCUGAUUCUAAGAACAUCUUCAAACCUGAGAUCUUUAAGCCUGGAAACACUCAUAAGUGUAGAAUCAUCGACUACAGCCCAAUGGAUGAAUUGGCUUUGCUUUCUCUGCGGACAUCCAUCAUUCAAGCCCAGUACCUUAGAUAUUAUGACAUCAAACCAGGGGCAGUGGUAAAGGGCACAGUGCUGACCAUAAAGCCAUAUGGGAUGCUGGUGAAGGUGGGCGAGCGAAUCAGGGGCCUGGUACCUCCCAUGCACCUGGCCGACAUCCUGAUGAAGAAUCCAGAAAAGAAGUACCACAUUGGUGAUGAGGUCAAGUGUCGGGUUUUGUUGUGUGACCCUGAAGCCAAGAAAUUAAUGAUGACCCUGAAGAAAACGCUGGUUGAAUCCAAACUCCCUGCCAUUACCUGCUAUGCUGAUGCCAAACCCAGUCUGCAGACACAUGGCUUCAUCUUCAGGGUUAAGGACUGUGGCUGUAUUGUGAAGUUCUACAACGAUGUGCAGGGUCUCGUGCCCAAGCAUGAGCUGAGUGCUGAGUAUAUCCCUGCCCCGGAGACCGUCUUUUACCCUGGCCAGGUGGUGAAGGUUGCAGUGCUGAACUGUGAGCCAACCAAAGAGAGAAUGCUCUUAUCCUUCAAGCUGUUGAGUGAUCCGGAAGCAAAGAAGGAACAUGAGGGAGGGAGUCAGAAGAAAAGAAGAGCUGUUCAUGUUGGGCAGUUGGUAGAUGUGAAGGUUGUGGAGAAGACCAAAGAAGGGCUGGAGGUGACUGUCCUUCCCCACAACAUCCCUGCUCUCCUCCCUGUGCCUCACUUGUCAGACCAUGUUGCCAACGGCCCGCUGCUGUAUCACUGGCUUCAGGCUGGUGACACCCUCCAUAGGGUCCUGUGUCUGCAGAGCGAGGGGCGUGUUGUCCUUUGUAGGAAGCCAGCCUUGGUCUCUGCAGUAGAAGGUGGCCAGGAUCCCAAGAGCUUCUCAGAAAUCCAUCCUGGAAUGCUUCUCAUUGGGUUUGUGAAGAGCAUCAAGGACUACGGAGUGUUCGUCCAGUUCCCCUCCGGUCUUAGUGGAUUGGCCCCCAAAGCUGUCGUGAGUGACAAAUUUGUGACCUCCACAAGUGACCAUUUUGUGGAGGGGCAGACUGUAGUUGCAAAGGUGACGAACGUGGAUGAGGAGAAGCAGCGGAUGCUGCUGUCGUUGCGGCUGUCGGACUGCACCCUCGGGGAUGUGGCCACCACCAGCCUCCUCCUCCUGAGCCAGGGCCUGGAGGAGCUGCAGGGCGUGCGCAGCCUCAUGAGGAACCGAGACUCUGUGUUGAUCCAGACACUAGCUGAGAUGACCCCAGGAAUGGUCCUUGACCUAGAGGUGCAAGAGGUGUUGGAAGAUGGCUCUGUGGUGUUCAGUGGGGGCCCAGUGCCAGGCCUGGUCCUGAAAGCCAGCAGAUAUCAUCGGGCAGGGCAGGAGGUGGAGUCUGGGCAGAGAAAGAAGGCUGUCGUCUUAAAUGUUGACAUGUUAGAGUUGGAAGUGCACGUUUCCCUUUGCCAGGACUUGGUGAAUAAAAAACUUAAAAAGCUGAAGAAAGGCAGUGAGCACCAAGCAACUGUGCAGCACUUGGAGGAGUCCUUUGCCAUUGCCUCCUUGGUAGAGACUGGCCACCUGGCAGUUUUCUCCCUGACCUCUCACCUCAACGACACCUUCCGCUUUGAGUCAGAGAAGUUACAGGUGGGACAAGGUGUCUCCUUAACCCUCAGAACCACACAACCAGGAGUGACUGGUCUUCUUUUGGCUGUUGAGGGUCCAGCUGCUAAGAGGACCAUGAGACAGACCCGGAAAGAGUCUGAGACAGUGGAUGAAGAUGAGGAAACGGAUCCAACUCUGGUUGUAGGGACUGUAAAGAAGCACACCCUCUCCAUUGGGGACAUGGUCACAGGAACUGUCAAGUCCAUUAAGGCCACCCAUGUGGUUGUGACCCUGGAAGAUGGUGUCAUUGGCUGUAUCCAUGCCUCUCACAUUCUAGAUGAUGUUCCAGUGGGGACCUCUCCUACUAGCAAGCUGAAAAUUGGGAAGACAGUCACUGCCCGGGUGAUUGGUGGGCGAGACGUGAAGACAUUCAAGUUUCUCCCAAUAAGUCACCCCAGAUUUAUUCGAACCAUCCCAGAACUGAGUGUUCGACCAAGUGAACUGGAGAAGGAUGGCCACACUGCUCUCAACACUCACUCUGUUAGUCCCUCGGAGAAGAUUAAACAGUACCAGGUUGGCCAGACCGUGACUUGCUUUCUGAAGAGGUACAACGUGGUUAAGAAAUGGCUUGAAGUAGAGAUUGCUCCAGACAUCCGAGGGAGAAUUCCCUUGUUGCUCACUUCUCUUAGCUUCAAGGUUCUGAAACAUCCAGAUAAGAAGUUCCGGAUUGGCCAGGCCCUAAAGGCCACUGUGGUUGGGCCAGACUCCUCCAAGGCCUUCUUGUGUCUAUCACUCAUAGGUCCUCACAAGCUUGAGAAAGGGGAAGUGGCCAUGGGCCGAGUGUUAAAGGUGACUCCCAAUGAGGGGCUGACUGUCUCCUUUCCUUUUGGGAAGUUUGGAAGAGUCAGUAUAUUUCACUUGAGUGACUCUUACUCUGAGAAGCCCCUGGAAGACUUUGUCCCCCAAAAGAUUGUCAGGUGCUGUGUCCUGUCCACUGCAGACCACAUGUUGACUUUGUCUCUGCGAUCGUCCAGAACCAACCCAGAGACGAAAAGCAAAAUAGAAGAUCCUGAGAUUAACUCCAUGCAGGACAUUAAGGAGGGGCAGCUCCUGCGGGGCUACGUGAAGGCCGUCGAGCCGCGUGGUGUGCUCCUCAGUCUUGGCCCCUCAGUGGUGGGUGUGGCCCAGUACUCCUAUGUCUCCCGGCACAGCCCAUCUGAGAGAGCCCUUUACAGCACGUAUCUCCCUGAAGGGAAGCUGCUCACAGCCAAGAUCCUCAGCCUGAACUACAAGAGGAAACUCGUGGCACUGUCGUUCCUCUCCAGCGACACUGGGAAGCCAGACGUGCUUCCUGCCUCCAUAGGACGGCCACAUCUAGAGCAGGAGGAGAGGGAAACAGAGGCAGAGAGGGUGGACCAAAGAAGGAAUGAGGAGAAGAAGAACCAGAAAAGGAAAGAGAAGAAGAACCAGAAAGGGCCAGAGGACGCGAAGCGGCCCAGCAAGGAGAAGCGUGAGCCCCGGCAGCCGCAAGUGAAGAAGCAGGGCAAGCGGGGCCGCCGUGAGUCUGGAAGCGAGCAGGAGAGAGUGAACAAGAAGCAGAAGAAAGCUGGUCCAUCCGAGGAGGACGACAGUGGUGUUGAAGUGUAUUACCGGGAAGGAGAGGAGGAGAUAGAAGAGAUGACUGCGCUGGCCAAGAAGAAGCUGACCAAGCCAGCAGAUGCGCCCCGGCUGCAGCUGUCUUCAGGCUUCAUGUGGGACGUGGGGCUAGACUCCCUCACCCCAGCCCUGCCACCUCGAGGAGAGAGCUCAGACAGCGAGGAGGACGACACGCCACAUGAAGCCACGAAGAAGAAAAGCAAGAAGGAAAGGGCGUUGGAGAAGCAGAAGGCAGAGAAACAGCUGUCCUGCAUUGAGGAGGCCCUGAGGGACCCUGGGCGGCAGCCAGAGUCAGCGGAUGAUUUUGACCGACUGGUGCUCAGCUCCCCCAGCAGCUCCAUCCUGUGGCUGCAGUACAUGGCCUUCCACCUACAGGCCACAGAGAUCGAGAAGGCCCGUGCCGUGGCUGAGCGGGCUCUCAAGACCAUUUCCUUCAGAGAGGAGCAGGAGAAGCUGAACGUGUGGGUGGCACUGCUGAACCUAGAGAACAUGUACGGCUCUCAGGAGUCACUGACCAAGGUCUUCGAGCGAGCAGUGCAGUACAAUGAGCCUCUGAAGGUCUUUCUGCACCUGGCUGACAUCUACACCAAGUCAGAGAAAUUCCAGGAAGCAGGAGAGCUCUACAACCGAAUGCUGAAGCGUUUCCGCUUGGAGAAAGCUGUCUGGAUCAAAUACGGCUCUUUCCUUCUGCGGAGGGGCCAGGCUGGUGCCAGUCACCGUGCGCUGCAGCGAGCCCUUGAGUGCCUGCCUAAGAAGGAGCACGUGGAUGUGAUUGCCAAGUUUGCCCAGCUCGAGUUCCAGCUGGGAGAUGCGGAGCGGGCCAGAGCCAUCUUCGAGAACACACUGAGUACCUACCCAAAGCGCACGGAUGUGUGGUCGGUGUACAUUGACAUGACCAUCAAGCAUGGCAGCCAGAAGGAAGUCCGGGACAUUUUUGAGCGAGUCAUUCACCUGAGCCUGGCCCCUAAGAAAAUGAAAUUCUUCUUCAAGCGCUACCUGGACUACGAGAAGCAGCACGGCACAGAGAAGGACGUGCAGGCAGUGAAGGCGAAGGCCCUGGAAUACGUGGAGGCUAAGAGCUCAGUGUUGGAGGACUAG